AACACCAACGUGGGGACCACCGUCGUCCCGUCCACAGAGCUGACGGCCACGGACCAGGAUGGAGACCUUCUCUUCUACGCCCUCUCGGGGCUCAGCCCGGACACAGAGCGGGUCUUCUCCCUGGCGGGGGUGAACUUCCCUGCCCUGCAGCUGGCGCAGCCCCUGGACUACGAGAAGCAGCCCAGCAUGGAAUAUCUCCUUCUGGCCCGGGACACGGCCACGCCUGAGGAGAGGCCCAGCCACACGGCCACGGCCACGCUCACCAUCCACGUGGUCCCGGCCGACAUGCGCCCGCCGUGGUUCUUGCCCUGCGCGUUCACCGACGGGAGAAUCUGCAUCCACGCUCAGUACCGAGGGGCCGUGCCCACCAAGCAAGUCCUGUCGUCACCCCUGACCUUCGAGCCUGGGCCCGUCUAUGCUGUGGAUGGAGAUGCCGCCAUCAACGAGGCGAUCACGUACAGCAUCAUUCAGGGGAACACAGAUGACAUUUUUCUAAUUGGCAAAGACACGGGCAACAUCACCAUGGCCAAAGCCAUCCCCGAACCCAAGACCUUCACCCUGCUGGUCCAGGCUCAGCAACAAGUGCACACGGGAAGCUACUCUGUGACCCAAGUCAGCAUCCAGGCAGUGGCUGGGCAGCUGUACCCACCUCGAUUCCCCCAGGCCCUCUACCGAGGCUGGUUGGCCCCAGGCACGGGCGCCAAUGUGGCCGUGAGGGACGCGGAAGACCCUGACAGGGAGCUGAGGCUCAGAGCUGAGGAUGAUGACUUUCCAGCAGGCGUGCCCAACUCGGGCCUCCAGUACCGGAUCACCAACAGCUCGGCCUUUAGGAUGUCUGGGGAGACCGUGCUGACCAACGACACGGUGGGGCCCCCACAGGUGCUCUACUUGGAGGCUGAGGUCUUCGACACGCUGACCUCUGAGAGAGCCACGACCACUGUCGAGGUCUUGAUCCAGGACACAAAGCCCAGCCCUCCAGGGCCCACCAGCUCCGCUCCAAGCAAAACAACCCAAGGAAGUGGCGCACAAACCUCUCCCACCUCCGGGAGCACCCCAACCAGACCUACCCAGGACUCCCUGAGGCCCCCCAGCCCUGGCC